CAAUGACAGUCGAACGUUGACUAAGGCUCUGGGGAAAGGGUGUGGCCAUGUUACACGUGACCCGGGGGGUCUGGGGGUUCAGGGUCCGAGUAUGGUCCCUACUGCCCGCGCUCCUUGGGACCCCCCGGGCGCUGUCAUCCCUGGCGGACAAGAUGGGGGCGUACCGCAAGAUGUGGAACCCCACAGAGCCCCGCGACUGGGCCCAGCAAUACCGCGAGCGCUUCAUUCCGUUUUCCAAGGAGCAGCUGCUCCGACUCCUGAUUCAGGAAUUCCACUCCAGCCCAGCAGAGAAAGCAGCCUUGGAACAGUUCUCAGCCCACGUGGACUUCUGCACCCUGUUCCACUACCACCACAUCCUGGCCCACCUGCAGGCCUUGUAUGACCCUAUCAACCCCGACAGGGAGACCCUGGACCAGCCAUCCCUCACGGACCCCCAGCGACUGUCCAAUGAGCAGGAGGUGCUCCGGGCUCUGGAGCCUCUGCUGGCUCAGGCCAACUUCUCCCCACUGUCUGAGGACGCCCUGGCCUAUGCACUGGUGGUCCACCACCCUCAGGACGAGGUCCAGGUGACAAUAAACUUGGAUCAGUAUAUCUACAUGCAGUUCUGGGCCCUGGGCCAGCGAGUUGGGCAGAUGCCCCGUAUGUCCAGUGUGGGCUCCAAGCGCGGCUUCUUCACCAAGUUGCCUCCUACAGAGAGGAGAUACUUUAAGCGUGUGGUGCUGGCGGCCCGGACCAAGCGAGGGCACCUGGUUCUGAAGAGCUUCAAGGACACGCCGCUGGAGGGCCUGGAGCAGCUGCUGCCGGAGCUGAAGGUGCGCACGCCCACGCUACAGCGCGCGCUGCUCAACCUCACGCUGGUGGUCUCCGGGGUGGUGUUCUUCGUCAACGUGGGCAUGGUGGUGUUGUCAGACCUCAAGAUGGCCACCUCCCUUUUGCUGCUGCUCUUUGCGGCCUUCAUGGGCCUGCGGGCCUCCAAGAUGUUCGGGCAGCGGCGCAGCGUGCAGGCGCUGGAGCUGGCGCACAUGCUGUACUUCCGCAGCACGUCCAACAACUCGGAGCUGCUCAGCGCGCUGGCGCUGCGCGCGCAGGACGAGCACGCCAAGGAGGCGCUGCUGGCGCGCAGCUUCCUGGCCCGGCGGCCCGGGGGCGCGCACGGCCCGCCCGAAGAGACCUCCAGGUGGCUGCAGUCGGAGGUGGAGAGCUGGCUUCUGGCCCAGUCAGGCUGUGACGUGGCCUUCAACGGAACCCGGGCCCUGGCUCACCUGCAAGCCCUUACCCCCAGCAUAGGGCUGUACCCUCCCCCAGAUUUCCCCAAACUAGAUCCGCUGACUCCAGGCACUUCCGAGACACCCCGGGCCGCACCCAGCAGUAGCCACCCCUGAUUGUCCCGCCUCGCCACGACAAGCUGUCCAUCACGGCUACUAAACUUAGUCACCUUCGAACUUCCAUUACUGACAAGUCAUUAUUUUUGCUACAAUAUAUACUUAAAGCAACCAAUCGAGGCAACUGGCAGUUGCUAGGCAACCCUCCUUGAGGGACAGCCAAUCAAAGCUAUUUAGCCCUGCUUGUAUUGCAUUUCUUAGUCCCACCUCUGCCAUAAACAUCCAGACGCAGUUUGGCUGAGGAAGGGAGGGUGUCGUUUAAUCACAGCUGUUCAGCUCCGGCCCCUGUAAACCACCAGGCCGAGCUGAGAAAGCUGUUCCCUCCCGAGGCCAUAUAUCAUAGUCUUUUUAGCCUGCCCUGGGCAAAUUGCCCACCAUGUGCACCUGGGCGGGGCCCCACCCGGCAGCCAAUGAGAGCGUUUUGGCCCCCUGGCAAACAGCCAAUGACAGCUGCUGGGCACCAUCAACCUGGGGCAGCCAGUUGUCUCCACAGAGAAGCAACCAAUCAGAGUUUCCAAAGGAACCCGAUCUUUGUAUCCAUUGCUGCUGCUUGUGGGCCAUCUGGUCAACAGAUCCGGGUGUCAGGCUGAAGGGGCCGGGAACCGUGUGCCAGGCAGAGAGCAGUGGGCCUGGAGGAGCCAGGACUUGCUGCAGCUCAGGCUUCCAACAACCUCAGGUGCCUUCCCUGCCUGGGUCCCUCACCCUCGCUGCAGAAACUACCUCGGCCUCAAUCUCUCCACCAUCGGUGCACUGUGCAAUAUUUAUUGUCCUAUCAUUGUCUCCCCUGUACCAUCUCCCAA